AUGCUCCUACUUCAAUAUGCCACUCCAGGGUGGUUGUCAGCGACUGCUGUACUGUCACUGUCCUUGUAUAGUGUCGCUCUAGUCGUCUACCGACUUUUCUUCAGUCCUAUAAGGAGAUUUCCAGGCCCUCGACUGGCAGCGGCCACCUUUUGGUACGAGUUCUACUACGAUGUCGUUCUGGGCGGGCAGUAUACCUUCCAUAUUGCUCGCCUGCAUGAAAGAUAUGGUCCUGUCGUCCGAAUCAACCCACACGAAUUGCACGUCCAUGAGUUCGACUUCUACAAUCAACUCUAUACAACCGGAGGACGGACUCGACACAAAUGGUACUGGGCAGCGCGGGCGUUCGGUGUAGAUUCUUCCACCUUCGCGACUGAGCGGCAUGAGGAACACAGAAUCCGUCGGUCAGCAUUAAAUCCGUCCUUUUCCACGGCUCAGGUACGCAAAUUAGAGCCACUCAUUCAAGGACGAGUUGAUUCGGUCAUGAGGAGAGUGAGGCAGUUCAAAUUGAAUGGGAGUGUUUUGUCUCUGGACGUGAUGUUUGGAGCAUUCUCGGCUGAUGUGAUUACCGAGUAUGCGUUUCGUCGUCCUGGACGUAAAGUCGAGGCUCCCGAUUUUGAUGACGGCUUCCACACGGCUUGCAUCAAUGGUGGCAAACAGCUCUUCCUAACACGACAGUUCCCUUGGCUGCUCAAAGUGGUUCGAACAAUCCCUCCUCACAUGACGCUUAAAUUUAACCCUUCCAUGUCGUCUUUUUUUGCGAUGCACAAGGACAUUGCCAUGCAGGUCAGGUCCGUCCUGGACGAGGCCAGUCUCGCCAACAAGACACCCACCGUAUUCCACAGGAUCCUAGACAGCAAAAUUCCCGAGCAUGAGAAGUCGUUUAACCGGCUGGCUUCUGAUGCAGGCUCGCUGGUUGGCGCAGCGACGAUCACUACGUCCUGGUCGCUUACACACGCCGUAUUCCACCUCUUAGACAACCCCAGCAGCCUCGAGAAACUGAAAACCGAGCUAGCAAAUGCCUUAAGUCCCAAUUCGGACGACUGCGGCGAGACAAUCCUGCCUAUACUGGAACAAUUACCGUACUUCACUGCCGUAAUCCAGGAAGCAUUGAGACUAUCGGUCGGCGUAUCGACUCGCCUCUCCCGAGUAGCUCCAGAUGAGGUUCUCACCGUGAAGGACCCGGCAAAGAGCGACGAUGGAGAGUGGAAAAUCCCACCCUCAACCCCGGUUUCGAUGAGCCAGCAACUGCUGUUGUAUGACGAGCGCAUCUUCCCGUCUGCAUCUGCGUUCCGGCCAGAGCGGUGGAUCGAGGAUCCAGGGUUGAUCAGAUACCAAGUCGCAUUUUCCAAAGGAUCGCGCGCCUGUCUGGGAAAGCAUCUGGCCCUCGCGGAGCUGUAUCUUCUGCUCGGGAGGCUUUUUUCAUCAUAUGGCUCAUCGGAGGUUAGGAUGCCUGGGGACCUUGGGUAUCUUGAGUUGUAUGAGACGGAUAAGAGUGAUAUAGAGUGUGCGGUGGAUGCUUUUCUGCCAUUGCCAAAGGUUGGAAGCAAGGGGGUUAGAUGUAAGAUCUUGACCUGGGAAGAUGAGAAGUAG